AGAGGUCGCGGAUCGGGUAGAGCGGUAGUGGCUGUGGAAGCAGCAACACGUAGUACACGGUAGCACCUCGACGAGGACGCACACGCUUGUAUACGUCGCUUUGCUAGUCGGUAGACUCGCUUCGAGCCAGUCUCAUUCGGUCCAGUGGCGCAGUCGCGUUACGGGGAUACAUUUUUCCGUAUCUCUCCAACCACUACCAGCAUCCGCCACCACCACCAUCACUACUACCAACGACACUGUUACCACCGCUACCACCACCUGCACCGUCAAGCGUGUCAACAUACACGGAACGUCAGCAGGACCACCGGACCAGCAUCGGGUUGUUCCUGGACGAUAAUCGUACAAAAGUGAGGGUUCGCAUCCUCGAGACAACGCGAGAAUGAAGCUGUGGUGGAGUUUGGCGUUAGUGGGCAUCGCCCUGUUGAUGGUGGCCGUGACAACCAGGGCGGAAUCCGAUCUCUGGGAAGAGGACGACACGGAAGUUCUCGUGAGAACCGUUCGCGGUACCAAAGAAAGAGCAUCCGGCAGCACUUCGUCGUGCAGAUACGUGAAGGGUCAAUGGUCGGAAUGCGACUCGAAAACCAACACACGGUCCCGCACGCUGAACCUCAAAAAGGGCGACAAGUCCUGCGAGCAGACGAAGACUAUUCAAAAGAAGUGCAAAAAAGCUUGCCGAUACGAAAAGGGCACGUGGAGCGGAUGCGCGAAUCAGCUGAUGACGAGAGUGGACAAUUUGAAGGCGAACAGUGAUGCCUCCUGCGAGAAGACGCGCCGACUUACCAAGAGGUGUAAACCAGAGACCAACACUAAGAAAUCCACCAAAGGUGAACGAUCGAACAAGAAAUCGGGUAAGCAGUAAGCGAAGAAAAUCGUCGAUCGAUCGCUCCAAAUGCAUGAACAAACGAGAACAACACGAAGAUGGAAAAAAACGUUCCACAAUCCAAAGUACUGGCAGUGAUCGUAAUUCAAAGAAAAAGCAUUUUUAAGUACUUUGUCUAGGAAGUAACAAGUAUCGAUACGUGUACACCAGGCGCAACGAUCUUCAAUCCGAAUUUUCCAUUACUUUCAAAUCGUUGGCUGUCGGUACAUGUCCGACCGUCGGUAAUUUUCAAUCGUGAGUAUUCAGAAUUACCUUCGUUGUAUGUGGCCAAUAUUAUUAUUAAUGGUGAUAUGCCGAUUUAAAUAAACGCAUAGGUUAUCCUUAGCGAUUUUUGCCGACGCUGAAAUGACCAUGUACCAAUUUAUUGCGUGUGAAUAUUAUAAUAUGAAAACUAUGUUAUCGACGCAGUAGCAUAGGUAAAUAUUCAAUUUCAACCAUUGUGUUCCAAUUUUAUCAUUCGUUUCUUUGCAUUUAUUAGAUUGUUGCGUAAGAAGUAAUUUGUUAAGAUGAUAAUAUUUACGCGGAUUAUUUUUUUAAAAAACCAUACGGUGUUUAUUCGUUUUAUCACGCUGUGCUACUGUCUCGAUGAUCAAACGACGAUACAAGCUGUAAUAAUUAUAUAGCAAUACGCUAUGGUAAACGUGUAGUAAACGACUGCCGUUGAGAUUCUUCACGAAAUAUAUUCUUGCUAGAAUAUACAUCGUUAAACAAAAACCCAUUCACGAGUUUUCCACGCGUUACGUAUAAUUGUAUGGAUCAUAGCGUGCAUAGAAAUCUCGGUUAGAUGUAGUUACUCUUUCGAGACAG